GUAACCUCAGCUAUGGAGAAUGCAGAUAACACAGAGGAGGAGAAGCCGACUGUAAGCAAUGACAGCACAGACAAUGGCGCUGAAACAGCAACAGAAGAACAGCAGAUGGACUUCAGUACAGAAAUUAUGAGUGUAACUGAGAUGGAACAAUCACCUGAUAGUUCCCCUGACUUGAAUGAAGAGAACACACAGGAGAGUGAAAUUCCAAAUAUUGAGAGUUUACAGACAACAGAUAUUGAGGCUUGCUUCCCUCCAGAUUUUGACAAGUUCUGGAAAGUAGUAGAGGACAAUCCCCAGGAUUUCACAGGAUGGGUAUAUCUACUACAGUAUGUAGAGCAGGAGAACCACUUACCAGCUGCCAGGAAAGCAUUUGACAGGUUUUUCACGCAUUAUCCAUAUUGCUAUGGAUAUUGGAAAAAGUACGCAGACCUUGAAAAGCGACACGACAACGUUAAACAGUCUGAUGAGGUUUAUCGCAGAGGGCUUCAGGCAAUUCCUCUUAGUGUUGAUCUUUGGAUACAUUAUAUAAACUUCUUAAAGGAGACCUUGGACCCUGCCGAUCCCGAAACUAACAGUACUAUUCGGGGAGCCUACGAACAUGCAGUCUUAGCUGCUGGGACAGAUUUCCGUUCUGACAGACUAUGGGAAAUGUAUAUAAACUGGGAAAACGAACAGGGAAACCUGAGGGAAGUUACGUCCAUAUAUGACCGCAUCCUUGGAAUUCCAACGCAACUCUACAGUCAUCAUUUCCAGAGGUUUAAAGAGCAUAUACAGAACAACUUGCCUCGAGACUUUCUGACUACUGAGCAGUUCGUUCAGCUGCGCAGAGAGCUAGCGUCUGUGAACGGCCACAGCGGGGAGGAUGCGCAACCUGGAGACGACCUGCCCUCUGGUACUGAAGAUAUAACUGACCCUGCCAAGCUAAUCACCGAGAUAGAAAACAUGAGGCACAGAAUCAUUGAGAUUCAUCAAGAAAUGUUUAACCACAAUGAACACGAAGUCAGUAAGAGGUGGACGUUUGAAGAAGCGAUAAAGAGGCCUUACUUUCAUGUAAAACCUCUGGAGAAAAUUCAGCUGAAAAACUGGAAAGAGUACUUAGAAUUUGAGAUAGAAAAUGGCACUCAUGAACGAGUUGUGGUCCUCUUUGAAAGAUGUGUUAUUUCAUGUGCCCUCUAUGAGGACUUCUGGAUCAAGUAUGCCAAAUACAUGGAGAAUCAUAGUAUUGAAGGAGUGAGGCAUGUCUACAGCAGGGCUUGCACGAUACAUCUCCCUAAGAAACCGAUGGUUCACAUGCUGUGGGCUGCCUUUGAGGAGCAGCAGGGCAACAUCGAUGAAGCAAGAAGAAUCUUGAAAACAUUUGAAGAGUGUAUUCUAGGGCUAGCAAUGAUUCGCUUACGGAGAGUAAGCUUAGAACGCAGACACGGAAACAUGGAGGAAGCUGAGCACCUGCUUGAAGAUGCUGUUAGGAAUGCCAAAUCAAUUAGCGAAUCGUCGUUUUAUGCCAUCAAAUUAGCUCGACACCUCUUCAAAGUGCAGAAAAAUCUUCCAAAGGCAAGAAAAGUGCUGUCAGAAGCCAUAGAAAUUGACAAAGAAAAUACGAAACUGUAUCUCAACUUACUUGAAAUGGAGUACAGUGGCGAUCUCAAGCAAAAUGAAGAAAACAUCUUGAGCUGUUUUGAUAAAGCUGUCAAUGGCGCACUGGCUAUAAAAAUGAGGAUUACGUUUUCGCAGCGAAAAGUGGAGUUUCUUGAAGAUUUUGGUUCUGAUGUAAACAAGCUUUUGGAUGCCUAUGACGAGCAUCAAGCACUUCUAAAGGAGCAGGAUUCUUUAAAGCGGAGAGCAGAGAACGGAUCAGAGGAGCCGGAUGAAAAGAAAAUGCUCACAGACGACCCAACUUUGGCAUCAGCGCAGAUGAUGGACGGAGACAUGCAAGUCAAUCAGGCGGCGUACAACUACAACGCCUGGUAUCAGGUAGGUGGGUGCUUCGCUCCCUUCCUUCAGCGCCGCGUGCUGGUUUUCCCAGUGACGUUUCCGCGUGGCCCAGCGUCGGUCAGCGGGGAAGGUUUGGAGUGA